UACAGGCGCUGGGCAUCUGAACACAGAGCCUCGAGAGUCCUUGGAAGGCAAUUUAGUGCCUGCUGCUGCCCUGUAGUAGUGGAGCUGGUGAAAGAAACAUGCAAUUUAAGCUUCGGAUUUCUAAAUAUCAAAUAAAAUAAGCAAGGCAUAGCAAACCAUGAGAUUGCCAGCCUGAAUGACUGCCAGAGAUAAAUGAAGGUGGCAAGAAAUGUUUUCCAGGGUCCUUCCAUAUAAGGUGAGAGGAUUAGAAAAGAUAGAGUUAAUAGGUUGACCAUAUUAGUGCUUACCCACAACUUGACUGCCAGCUCUGCUAUUUACAAUGUGUGUGAUCCAGACCAGUCAACUGCCUUCCAAUGACCACUUCUUCCUCCAGGGCUUUUCAAGAUUAUGUGAGAAACUUCAUGUGAAAUCUCACUGCAUCAUUUGUUAUAAAUGGUAAUCACUCUCCACAGAACCCCCAGAAUACAGGUCAUCCACUUCUUAGGCAAUACCAUGUAUAUCAAUGUAUUUUGCAAAUGUUACUGAAAUGGGAUACACUACUUUGGCUACAGGAAACUGCAAUGUGCACCUUUUUUCUAAAGUGCACAUUUUUAAAAGAUAUAUUUUUAUUUUAUGGUCUAUGUGUGUUCCUGACUGUAUAUGUAUUUGUAUACCUGUAUAUGAAGGUGCUCUUAGAGGUCAGAAGAGGAUGUCACUUCCCCUGGAAUUGUCAGUGUGAAUUGUCUAAUGUGGGUGCUGGAAACUAAGCCCAUGUCCUUUGCAAGAGUGUAUGUACCCUUAACCACUGAGCCAACUCUCCAGCCCAUACUUAUUAUUUGUGUAUGUGUACAUGUGUACACACAUUCUUCUCUAUGUGUGCUAAUGUAUACAACGAGACUAGUGGACACAUAUGGAAAUUGGAGAACACUUUGUGAGAGUCUGUUCUUUUCUUCUACCAUAUGACUUCAGGAGGUCAUGAGGCUUGAUAACAUCAUUUUACCAGCUAAGUAUUCUCAAAGGUCCAAAAUUGUGUUGUUUGCUUCAUAUUGAGAAGGAUUUGUGGAACUAGGUUUUAUUUUAACAUGCCAGGUAUAAGAAAUAUUAUUUUCAACUAAACCAUCUGUUGUAUAGAGCACAUAGAAGACAUCAUAGAUAGACACAUGCAUGCACAUAUAAUAAAAAGUAAACUAAUUCUGGAAGAGUAGUUCACACGGAGGGUGAACAAUUAGACUCCAAUGCCAGCUUUCAUGAUGACUGGCAAGUUCCCUUUAGCACUCUCAGUUUCCUCAUAUAUAUGAGGGGGAUAAUGGCACUGAGUAUGAUACUGUGGUUUAUAAUUACAAAACUUGUUUGACCUCUUUCUAAAAUUUUGACAAUCGUAGUCCAUGAAAUAGAUUGCUAACGUUCAGAUUAACAGAAGUAAAUAAGACUUAUCACUUAAUCAAGAAAGGAAAGAAAAUGGAGAAGCAUUUUGGGUGCUUAACACCAGCAUGGAAAUCUCCUCUUCAAUCAGGCUUUAGGCACGCCCCCUUCAAAAUAAGCCCAUUUGCUUGUUUGCCUUUCUGUCUUCUUUUCUUUUUCCCUGUUAAAGUGACCUUCUCAGUAAGUAGCCAAGGCUGGCCUCAAACUUACAGUCUUUGAUCUUCUUUCAGUAUCUGAGUUUACAGGCAUAUACCACCCUGCCUGGCUGAAUUGGACUUUUGUCCUGGGCUACAGGAUACUUACAUUCAAUUGCAGGCUGGUGUUUAGACCAGGCUGACCAUAGCAGGAGACACUGCUAGGUUUCAUCAUCUGUGCAAAGGAUUCCUUCCCCAUCACACAGAAAAUUGGCUGUACUAAUCCCAUUCUAAUAAAAUAGCUUAAUUUAUCUAGUAUCAGAAAUGAAUUGCUAUUUUAGAGUUUACAGAGAGCUGCCAUUUUCUUUGAGCCUCAAAACAAUUAAAAGCUGCUUAAAUCCGUGUCUCCUUGGUUAAAACCCUAACUAAAAUGCCUUUGUUUUUGUUCAGGCUGAUAUGCUUAUAUUCAGCAUCACAUGACUUAAAUUUGUGGUUGCAAAUGUGCACAAAGAAAGCUGACGCUGCUGGAGAGAAGAGAUAAGAAGGCAUGGUGCCUGUUCUUUGUAGUCAACUUGACUGUAUCUAGAAUUAACUAAAUCCUAGGGGCUGGGGACACCUGUGAGGAAUUUUUUUCUUAAUCAAAUCAUUUGAAGUGGGAAGAUCGACUUUUGAUCCAGAUCUUUUGAGGUAGGAAGAUCCACUUUUAAUCUGGGUCACACCUUCUGCUGGCAGCCUAUUUAAAGGACUCGGUAGAAGGGAGCUUUCUCUCUCUUUGCCUGUUUGCUUUUGUUGGCAAGUUUAUUCCUUCAUGAUAUUAGAGCUAGCUUCUGCAGGACACUGGCAUAUAUGGAAGAAGAUCCGAGACAUCCAGCAUUGUAGACUGAACAACUACUAGAUUCUUGGAUGGUUUGUUAGUAGAUAGCCACUGUUGGAAUAGCAGCCUGUAAGACAUUCUAAUAAAUCCCACAUAUAUUUGUUUUUAAAAUUCUGUACCACCAGAGAACUCAGUAAUACAGAAGGUAAGAGGAAGAUACUACAGUUUAGAUCUCACUAUUCAAAUAAACUCUCCAAGGUCAAAGUCAUCAGAAGCCAUCUGAGUUGUCUCUGCCUGGACAGGUGUCACAUGUCCAUCCCUCAUUCCUUGGAAAGAAACCUUCCCAUAGGAUGAGAGUUCUCAGAGAACCCCACUCACAUCCAAUUGCAGAUUCAAGUCCUGUACCAAAGGAGAUUUGAUUCCCACUUUCACACUGUCUUCCUACAGAAAAUCAAGAUCAAGUAAGUCUUUGUCUUUCUGUUCCAUGGGACAUUUCUGUCCUCCUCCUCUCAGUUGAAAUCAUUGGUUCAACAAGUUGGACUUCAUUUGGGUAUAUGCCCAGGGGUGGUAUAGCUGGGUCCUCAGGUAGUGCAGUGUCCAGUUUUCUGAGGAACCUCAAGAUUGAUUUCCAGAGUGGCUGUACCAGUUUGCAAUCCCACCAACAAUGGAGGAGUGUUCCUCUUUCUCCACAUCCUUGCCAGCAUCUGUUGUCACCUGAGUUUUUGAUCUUAGCCAUUCUGACUGGUGUGAGGUGGAAUCCAAAAGCUUGAAUUACCCAAGAUACAAUCCACAGACCACAUGAACCUCAAGAAGCAGGAUGACCAAAAUGCAGAUGCUUCAGUCCUUCUUAAAAGGGGAAAGAGAAUUAUUCAUAGGAGGGGAUACGGAGACAAAAUUUGGAGUAGAGAUGGGAGGAAUGGCCAUUCAGAGCCUGCCCCACAUGGGGAUCCAGCCCACAUAUAUACAGCCACCAAAACUAGACAAUAUUGAUGAAGCCAAGAAGUACAUGCUGACAGGAGCCUGAUUUAGCUGUCUCCUGAGAGGCUCAGCCUGAGCGUGACAAAUACAGAGUUGAAUGCUAGCAGCAAACCAUUGAACUGAGAAUGGGGUCCCCAUUGGAGGAAUUAGAGACAGGAUUGAAGGAGCUGAAGGGACUUGCAACCCCAUAAGAACAACAAUAACAAUCAACCAGAGCUCCUAGGGACUAAACCACUACCCAAAGACUACACAUGGACAGAUCCAUGGCUCCAGCUUCUUCGUAGCAGAGGACGGCCUUGUUGGGCACCAAUGGGAGGAACAGCCCUUGGUCCUGCCAAGGCUGGAUCCUCAGUGUAGAUGUACCGCUCCAUCUGAAAGUCAAGACUGGUGCCACCUAAGUGGGUUCCUGCAGCAAGGAAUUUGAGGACAUCCUCCUCCAUCUGCAGGAUGUCAAGGGCUCUGGAUAUUGUAUUAUUUCUUCUGCUGCCGAAAGAAUACCAGGAUGUAGCAGUGGAAAUAGAGAACUUCAACAGUAAACUUGGAUUGGGAAGUCCUAACCUGUAUCUGCUGAAAUGCUAGGUCACAAAGGAACUCCCCUGGGCACACACUGUGAAAACGACCCCUCUUCAUGGUCCUGUUCGUCUUGAUGGCUCUGAAAAUAGAUGCAACACAAUGCUGGAUUCAUCAUUCUCAUCAGAAGUUUGACCCCUGGAAUCAGCAAUGGGUCUGUCAUCAGACAACGCUCCCAGGACUGGUAAAAAUCAGACUAGUAAAAGACUCUAGGGAUGAGUUUUCUAUUUCGUAUUUCACCAGAGGGGUCAAGGGCACCACAAGAAAAUCCACAGAAUAAAAAUCCUGAGGUCAUAGAGCCUCAGAGAGACUUGACUGCCAAUCAAUCAGGGAACCUGUACGAGGCUGACCUAGGCACUUGGCACAUAUGUUAUGGUUGUACUGCUUGGUCUUCUUGAGGGACCCCUAACAGUGGGAGCACAGGCUGCAUUUGACUCUUUUACCUGCAUUUGGGCUCCUUUCCUCUAACUGUGUUGCCUUGCCUAGACUUAAUAUGAGGGAGGGUGCAACUUGAUAUGCCAUAUUUGGUUGAUAUCCCUGGGGGAUGGGGCUGCGGUUUUCUGAAGAGAUCAGGAGUGGGCUGUGGGAUUGUGCAAAAGGACUUGGAGAAAAAGAGGGAGAGGAAACUAUAGUUAGGGUGUAAUCUAUGACAGAAGAAUUAAUAAGAAUGCAAUACUAGGUAGGGAAGGGACUACUCAAGGAUUUAAACAAGAGUCUGCAGGGACAUUCCACAGUUUAACCAACACUGAAGUCCUUUAGGUUGAAUCAGGUUGAGUUCAUAUUAGUGCAGAUCCUAAACCAAUAGUGUUAAUGGGUAAGGUGGAGAGGCAGGGAGUAAGGGAAGAGGAUGGGAGAAAAAUGUGGGGUUUAAAGGCAGGCAGAUUUUCAAACACUGACUCUACAAUGCAAAGAACCAGGACUUGACAGUCAAUCUGAAUCUAGGUGUGACAAACAGUCUCCAUGAGCCUCCGGAGGAAUCAGGUAUGAAAACAGAUGGAUUUUAAAGUGUUGGAUGCCAGUCUGAGACAUGAUCCAUUUUUAUUUCACAGCAAUGUUGGCCCCAUUGAGUUGUAGAAGUUCUAUCACUGUCUUACAUAAGGUUUUAUUUCUGUGACCAGACACCACGAUCAGACCAACUCUUAUGAAAGAAAAGAUUUAAUUGUGGCUGGCUUACAGUUCAGUACUUAGUCCAUUGUCACCAUGCAGCAUUGGACAUACAGACAGUCAUAGUGCUGGACUGCUAGCUGAGAGAUCUAUAUCUGGAUUGUAGGCCGCAAGAAAGAGACAAUAAGCCACUACUCCUAGCUUGAGGUUUGGGGAUAUCAAAGUCCACUCUCAGUAAAUACCUCCUCAAUGAACACCAUGGUUACUUCAACAAGUCACAUCUGCUAAGAGUGCCAUUGCUUAUGGGCCUUUGGGGGUCAACUGAGUCAGACACUCACACUGAAACUUAUACACAAUCGAAGAUGGGGAUAUGGGGAAGCACUCUGUGGAAACUAAUUCUGGACAUUACAAAGCAGCAAUACCCUUCAGUAAGCAUGUUCUAAAAACCUGGAUACCCUGCUUCAUAUGUGUUCCAACUGUAUAUGGUAAGAGGCAGAGAGCAAAGCUAUGGACUACCUCAGGAUAGAAGUAAGUGAAGGAGACCACAGUCACUGUUUCUAUCUCCCAUAUAGAUCUUUCAAUUGCUUGGUUAGAAUCAAACGGAGGUAUUUUGUGUUAUUUGGGACUAUUGUGAAGGGUGUCAUUUCCCUAAUUUCUUUCUCAGCAUGGUUAUCCUUUGAAUAUUGGAAGGCUACUGAUUUGUUUGAGUUAAUUUUAUACCCAGCCACAUUGCUAAAGUUGUUUGUCAGGCUUAGUAGUUCUCUGGUGGAACUUUUGUGGUCACUUAAGUAUACUAAUCUGCAAAUAGUGAUAUGUUGACUACUUACAUCCCUUCGACCUCUUUCUGUUAUCUAAUUGCUCUGGCUAGGAUUUCAAGUACUAUAUUGAAUAGGUGGGAAGAGAGUGGGCAGCCUUGUCUAGUCCCUGAUUUUAGUGGAAUUGCUUCACGUUUCUCUCCAUUAAGUUUAAUGUUAGCUACUGGUUUGGUGUAUAUGGAUUUUACUGUGCUUAGGUAUGUGCCUUGAAUUCCUGAUCUUUCCAGGAUUUAAUCAUGAAGGGAUGUUGAAUUUUGUCAAAUGCUUUUUCAGUGUCCAAUGAAAUGAUCAUAUGGUUUUUACCUUUGAGUUUGUUUAUAUAGUGGAUUAUGUUGAUGGUUUUCCAUAUAUUGAAGUAUCCCUGCAUACCUUAGAUGAAGUCUACUUGAUCAUGAUGGAUGAUCGUUUUGAUGUGUUCUCGGUUUUGGGUUGGAUGAAUUUUAUUGAGAAUUUUUGCGUCAAUAUUCAUAAGGGAAAUUGGUCUGAAGUUCUCUUUCUUUGUUGGGUCUUUUUGUGGUUUAGGUUUAAGUGUAAUUGUGGCUUCUUAGAAGAAAUUUGGUAGUGCUCUGUCCGUUUCAAUGUUGUGGAAUAAUUUGGACAGUAUUGGUUUGUGGUCUUUUAUGAAGGUCUGAUAGAAUUCUGCACUAUCUGUUCCUGGGUUCUUUUCGGUUGGGAGACUUUUAAUGACUGCUUCUAUUUCUUUAGGAGUUAUGGGGUUGUUUCAAUGGUUUAUUUGUCCCUGAUUUAACUUGGUGUUUGAGACUAAAACUGCAAUGGGGAACCCCAACCUUCCCAGCAAAUCCCUCAUACCCCGAGUCUAAAUAAAGCUCUCUCUUCAUUAAGGUGCCUAUAGUCUCAUCAUUGGUCUCAGUGAAAUGAACAGCACAAGGUAGAAGCCUUUGAUGCUAAGAAGUAUGAUAAGCCAGUGUGGGUUAUGCCUGCUCUGAGUGGUCACUAAUGCUGUGAUGUCACAGAGAGCCAUUGUGAGAAAUGACCAACAGCUGAUCAUAUAACUCACUGUCUGGGCUGUUUUGUGUCUUUCUGUGUGGAGCGUUCGUUGGUGUUGGACUGUGGGACUUGGAGACUGGUGAUCGGACUGAAAUUGGUGUUUGGAUUGGAUUUGGACUUCGGUGAUUGGAUUUCGACAUUGAUCAUCAGCUAUACUUGUUUAUGUGUUGUGGUACUUUUGCCCCCAUCUCGUGUAUAUACUGGGGCAGCUUGAAUCCCAAGCCUUUCUGGGUAAGGCUAUCUUGAUCAAAUGUGACCUUUAACUCUGUGCUUUCCCUUCAUAAUGGAUGCCUUAGCUCCUGGUGACUCUGACCAAGAGAAGGGAAGUUUGAUAAUGUCAAAUGUACUCAGGGCCAGUGACCAUGAAAGAAACAUCCUGGCACAGGAUUACUUUAUCAUGGGCAUUCUAGAUAAAGGUGCAUUUGCACAAGUCAAGGUGGCUCUCCACCUUACUACUCGGACACUGGUAGCCAUCAAAAUAUUGGAAAAGGGCAAAAAUAAAAAAUCCCAAGUUGUGUCCGAGAUUGAUCUCAUGAGAUCGCUAUACCACAGGCAUAUAAUACAGCUUCUCCAGGUGAUCGAAUGCAGUCACAAAACAUUUCUUGUGAUGGAAUUGGCAGGCAAAGGAUCCCUGCAGAAAUACAUCAACAAGUAUGGGCAUCUGGAUGAGGGAGAGGCAAAGAGUAUAUUUCUUGAGCUAUGCUUGGCCAUCGACUAUAUUCAUAGCCAGAAUAUUGCCCACCGUGACAUCAAGGCUGAAAAUGUCUUAUUGGAUUGGGAGGGGCAUGUGAAACUUGCUGACUUUGGUUUAAGCAAAAGACUGGAAUCUGGGGAAAAGAGCAACGGCUUUUGUGGCACAGCACAAUAUUCUGCUCCUGAAGUGUUCCUUCACACACCAUAUGAUGCCAUCGUCAGUGACAUGUGGAGCUUAGGGGUCCUCCUCCAUUAUUUAGUUAUCGGAUUCCUUCCAUUUAGAGAAAAAGGGUUCUACAAGAUAAAGUAUGAAAUCCUAUCCUGGAGUGGUUGUAUCCCAUAUUACUUAUCGCCGGACCUUCACAACGCUUUGAAGAGAUUAAUGACAAAAGACCCCACAAUGAGACCAUCCAUUAAAGAAAUAUUGGCCCACCCAUGGCUGUGCCAUAAUCAAGACUCAUUGAGCUGCUCAUACGAAAUACCUAGACAGCCUGAGCCCAACAUUGCUUUCUCAAUGUAUUUAAUGGGCUGUAACAUUCAAGAGCUCAGAGAUGCUUUGAGGAAACGUAUAUAUAACCAGGUAAUGGCCACUUACCUGCUAAUAAAAAAAAAGCCUGGCUCUCAGCUCCAGUUGUAUCAUGAUGGAGGGCAGGGUGGUUCUCUGGACCCUGCUCAGCCUGCAAGGAGGUUAACAAGUGCCCCGAACCGUCCUACUUUCUCUUUGCACACUCUCUCUGAUGGAGAUGGGAGGAAAGGGUGUAAGAGGAGGCAUAGUAUGCCUCCCUCCAUUUCUUCACUUAAGAGUAGCUUCCAGAAAAACACCUUCCCACUGCAGAAGCUUGUGCCUCACUUUGGAAAGGGGGCAUUUAGAGAGAAGGAGAACAGCAUCAAUAACACAACUUCACCAUCAAGGAGAGGAAAGGCAACAACAACAAGAACAACAUCAUCAUCAACAACAACAAAGACCUCAUUAGGAACCAGUUGGUCACUGUUCACACCCUCACAAACCCCAACCUUUGAAAACACAGCAGAUGUGGCUAAUGAGAGCUCGAAGUCUACAGACAAAAGUAGCAGCACAUUCUCUUGUGGGUCUACGAUCAGGAGUCCCUUCCCCAGUAAGAAGAUCAAGGAAGAGAAUCCAGGCACGGAACACUUACAAGACAUCACCUCAGACUCCAGGGAAGCAGACCAUCAGGAGCAACUCCAAAGGCAGCACCAGGGUGUGCCCAGAGUCCCUCUGAGAAGGUUGGGCUGGAAGGGCCUGAAGAAGAGGAUUUUCAAAGCCUUAAGAAGCUUGUGUUGCUGCCUCCCAGUGACAAAUAGCAAAAUCAUGGCAGUCAACGAAGAGUGACAGUGACAAAUAGCAAAAUCAUGGCAGUCAACGAAGAGUGCUUCAGUGAUUCAGGCUAAGACAAGUAGAUGGGGAGUGAUAUGGAAAGAUGCACUCUCUUGCUGCUUCUCCCCUUAAAAUAGUCUCAGCAUGCACAUUGAGGAGUUUGGCGACGUUAUAUCUAUCGUGCCAGAGAGAAAAUCCCAUCCUGUCCUCCGUUAUAUGAGUAGUCCUCCAAAACUUGAGCUACCUGUACACAGCAAAAGAUAGUGGCCCAUCCUUUCUAGGCAAGGAUGCUGGAGAAGGUUGGUAAAGGGAUCCAAGGUGCACUCCGGAGGAACCAUCCUGAGGGCCCAUGUCAGCACAGGGCCAGCACAGUCAAGCAUAAAUCCUGUAGAUUUACCUUUUUCAUUUUCAUUCAUUCUUUCUUUUUUAACAACAGUAAGAGGCACGCGUUUAUCAAAUACCCAGUUAUAGGAGGAGGAUGCCUGAAGCAGAACUGCAGUUCACACAGGCUGCCUCUGCUUUAUGCCUGUGUGAACGUCACUGGCAGGGACACCUUUCAAGCUCAGGAACUGGGCUCCAUCGGCAGCAUGAGAGAGGUAGAAGGUGGCUGUCCCACUGUCCUGCUCCUGUAUGUGAUGCAUGACAAGGAGGGCAGCAGAGGCCUCCAGCAAUGUGACAGUGCAGCCACCAAAGCCAACGCCUGUCAUGCAACAGCCAUAAAUCCCAGGCACCGAGACCGCAGCCUCAACCAAUUGGUCCAGCUCGGGACAGCUCAACCCAUAGACAUCCCUGAGUGAAUAGUGAUUCUCCACCAUGAUACACCCAAAGGCCGUGUAGUCUCCUCGGCUCAGAGCAGCUGCUGCCUGGGCUGUUCUCCAGAUCUUGCCUACCAUGUGCCAGGCCUGCCAGCUCUCCUUGCACAUCAGCUCCCUUCCUGCCUCAAGCUCCUCCAUCCACAUGUAUGGAAGCCUCUCCUUGCCCAGGGCCUGGACCACUUCUUCACAUUUACACCAAUGAAUCUGGUACUUUCUGGAGCCCAGGGGUUUGGAGGACAUUGAAGUUUGUGUUGAGCACAACCAAUUUGGGGUCUGACAGUAGUGCCAGACUUGUUUCUGGGACCUGCAGUCAAUGAGUAGCACAUAGCCUUUCUGCCACAGCAGUUCAUUGAUGAGUUGGUCCAUGAAGCCACAGGAUGCCCCUGCAAAACUGUGCUCAGCCCGUUGUCACACCUGAACCCUGGCAGCUAUUGCCCCUGAGUCUGGGCAGAGCUGCUGGGGGAAGGUGUACCUGGUCACUUCUAGGGAAGCUGAGCUGGAAAGUCCAACCCCUUGGAGCACUGAGCUGACCGCCACUGCACUGAAGCCAGAGAGGGGGUAAAAGCUGGGUAAUAUUGAAUCAUUCCCUUGACAUAAUUGUCCCACUGUGGGUUUCCUGGCUCCAAGGACCACUCUGCUGAGGGCUGUGGGGAUAGCAGUCACUGGGACUCAUCUGCAUCUUUGGAAACUGUGAGGAGAGAAAGAAGCCCAUCUGCACACGGGCUGCCCACUAGCGAGGUCACAAGCUCCACAGCCAUGGGCAGCACCAGGACCUGGUUGUAUUCCCUGUGCUCCCGAUGUAGUUGUCAUGGCCAGGUGCCAACACUGUCAGCUCAUGUUUGGCUCCUAACUCAUCCAUGAAGGCCCGCCAAGUCCUUGGCCAGCAGCUCUACAACCCAGGGCAAACUCCAAACAGCCAUGAUGCUCAUCUGCAGCUCAAACACCGUCCCCCGUGGGAUGCUGGAGUUCUACUGAGAAGUUUUGUGUCUGCUUCAAGUGACCUUUGAAGCCUUCUGGUCCCUGGAGGACGAUAGCGGAGAGUGGAGAGGAGCCUGCUGAGGAUGCAGGAAGGAGAGAGCCAGAGGAGCUCCACACCUGGCAGUUGUCCACCAUUAGCUGUCCAGCGCUUUGUUCUUCACAGCAUUCAGAAACCUUAGAAAAACGAAACAUCCAUGGAGCGCUGGUGAUUACAAAGGUAACUCGGAAGAAACGCCACAGUGAGGACGGCAGCUCAGUCGCCUGUCUCGAGGUGUACUUUUGAGCUGAGGAGACAGUGGUCCUGGAUGCAGAGGAAGGAACUCAGAGGACCAUGUCCCAUGUGUCCAAGAGAUAUGUGUGACCAGAAGUCAUGGGAAGCCAGGAUGUGCCUUCUUCCCCAUUUUGGCCCAGAGCAUGUAGUCCUGUGCAAGGUGAGGCUUAACUAUUACCUGUCAUUUGAGGAGAGCCAAGGUGAGGCCUGAAGUGCUUGCCACUAGAGUCCAGAGAAGUUGCUGGUAAGAAGGUUUGCAUGGGCAGGGAAAUGAUGGUAAAACAGAUGAGAUCCCCUGAUAUGAUAGUGUGGGUUUCCUCUCGGUGGCCCAUUGUUAUUUGCCAUGUUCCCACCAAGUAGAAAAACCCAGAACCCCUCAAAGCUGUUAAAGAGGAACUGGAUUCCUCUAUCCCCUAACUUGACUCUUUUGGAAAAUCGUGUAUAUUCUUCAAUUUUACCACAGAGGUUGCUCUUGGAAUGCUUAUGUCCUUGCUACAUCUACCAUUCCUGCUGCUGCUGCUGCCGCUGCCGCUGCUGCCACCACCGCUGGUGGUUCUGCUUCAUUGAUUUGUCCAUUGCAGGCUGGGAAGGGCCAUGAGCUUCUGGAUCCAAUCAGUGAGCAUUCCAAAGCCUUCUGUUCAGGAAACUGCAGAAAACACCAGGAACAUCACUCAGCACAGUACAGGACUUGCAGCCAGCCUUACCUGCAGGGACGUGGGAAAGGGUCCCCCCUCCGAACACAGAAAACCUGGGUGGACGAGAGGCACACAGGAGGUUCUUCUUGGCUCAGGCCAUCGGGAAGGGGUGGUCAUUUACAGUUUCACAACUGGCCUUUUGUAAUUCUUCUCAAAAGUCCUUGUUUUCAGAUCUCCUUCACGGAAGAAGCUCCUGCCCACUGAUACAGAUGUAGGGCAAAGCCGGACCUACAAGUGGGUGGGCUGAGAAGAACAAGAAAGAUGUGUUCUGAUUCCAGGAGCACCUAAUCCUCACCAAGGUUGUGAGAGAACACUAUCAGAGGCAGCUUGAUGAUCUUCCUCAAGGGGAACAGUUCCUUUCUGUUCUUCUAAGAGCCAAGUAACCAUGGUCACAGAAAGCCUGUUGCCCCACAACCAAAUUCAGUGGUCAGCCCUUGGCACUGACCGGCCUGUCCUAGCGUUAGCACAGUGCAUCACUGAGUCUUCUGUGAUGCUGUGUUCAGCUGCUCCUGGUGAUCACCCUAGACUUUACCUCAUGUCCCAGUGGCUACUUCUGAGUCCUGCUUGCUGGGACUCCUGCCUGAGAUUAUUUAUUCUUCUACAAAAAGAAUACUCACGAUGUUAGCAGUGGAAUUAGAAAACUUCAGUAGUAAACAUGGAUUGGUAUGAGAUAUGGUCCAGGAAUGGAGUCCUGUAAGAAGACUUCUGAGUACUUGUGAGAAUACUCAAAGACAAAGACUUUGUGACCAAAGUUUCUUCAAGAUACCAAAUUGUCCAUGGAUUUUGUUUUCAUGUUCCUUCCUGGUAUUUUGGAUAGGAAUGAGUUUACUUCAGACUGCUCAUUAUUGCUUGUUGUUGUAACUUAAUUGUUUAAAUGACUCUUUUUAUGCCUUUAUGGAAAAAUGUAAUUUGGCAACUUGUAGCUAUUUCUUUUGGUUGUAUACACCUUGCACUCAGGAGAAUUAUAUAUUGAACUUGAGAAUGA